AAAUACUUAAUAUGCAUUUCUCUGCCAUCUUCAUCAUCAGUAACUACAUCCACUGAUAACACAAACCCACCCAGACCAAAGGCCAAAGACACGCCACAUGCACAUAACAUUACCGUUAAAAACCAUUCCGACCGUUGGAACACACAAUAAUACACAAACACAAACAACAACCUAAGUUAUGGCUUUUGCUUCUCCUUCUCCUCUUUCUGUUUUGUUCUUCUUUUGUGUCCUUUUUAUCACUGUUUCAUCAUCAUCAGACGGUCCACGAACCUUCAUCAUCCACGUGGCGAAAUCAGAGAAGCCUGUCCUUUUCACCGCGCAACACCACUGGUAUUCCUCCAUCCUCACCUCCCUCCCUCCUUCCUCUCACGCCGCCGACAUCCUCUACACCUACGACACCGCCGUCAACGGCUUCUCCGUCCGUCUCACCACCGCACAGGCCGCCGAGCUCCGCCGCGUCCCCGGAAUCCUCUCCGUCGUCCCAGAUCAAAUCCGCCACCCUCACACCACCCACACCCCUGGUUUCCUCGGCCUCGCCGAUAACUUCGGGUUAUGGGUGAAAUCCGAGUACGCCGACGACGUGAUCGUCGGAGUUUUGGAUACCGGAAUCUGGCCGGAGCUUCAGAGCUUCUCAGACGAGGGUCUCUCCGGCGUACCCUCUUCUUGGAAAGGUAGUUGUGAAAAGGUUCAUGACUUUCCUGUUUCUGCGUGUAACAAGAAGAUAAUCGGAGCCAAAUCGUUCUACAAAGGCUAUGAAUCAUAUCUCGAGAGACCCAUUGACGAGUCUGUGGAAUCUAAGUCUCCUAGAGACACUGAAGGCCAUGGAACACACACUGCUUCAACUGCUGCAGGAUCUGUUGUUGCAAACGCUAGUUUGUUCAACUUUGCUCAAGGUGAAGCAAGAGGAAUGGCCUCAAAGGCUAGAAUUGCUGCGUACAAGAUCUGUUGGAAGCUUGGUUGUUUUGAUUCUGAUAUUCUUGCUGCUAUGGAUGAAGCUGUUGCUGAUGGGGUCCACGUGAUUUCACUCUCUGUUGGUGCAAAUGGGUAUGCACCACAGUAUCAUCGUGAUUCCAUUGCUGUUGGAGCAUUUGGUGCUUCACAGCAUGGUGUUCUUGUGUCUUGUUCUGCUGGGAAUUCAGGACCUGGUCCUUACACUGCUGUGAACAUAGCACCUUGGAUUUUGACUGUUGGUGCUUCGACUAUUGAUAGAGAGUUUCCUGCAGAUGUUGUUCUUGGAGAUGGUAGGGUUUUUGGUGGGGUGUCUUUGUAUUAUGGUGAUGAUUUGCCGGAUUUUAAACUGCCUUUGGUUUAUGCUAAGGAUUGUGGAAGCAGAUACUGCUACGCGGGGUCUCUGGAAUCUUCAAAGGUUCAAGGGAAGAUUGUUGUUUGUGAUAGGGGAGGGAAUGCCAGGGUUGAAAAGGGAAGUGCUGUGAAGGUUGCUGGUGGGUUGGGAAUGAUUUUGGCAAAUACAGAAGCUAGUGGGGAAGAGCUUCUUGCAGAUGCACAUCUUUUGGCUGCAACUAUGGUGGGUCAAACUGCUGGAGACAAGAUCAAGGAGUAUGUGAGGUUGAGUCAAUAUCCAACAGCAACUAUAGAAUUCAAAGGGACUGUGAUUGGGGAUUCACCUUCUGCUCCUAGAGUUGCUUCCUUUUCUAGCCGUGGUCCAAACUAUCGCACUUCACAGAUUCUUAAGCCAGAUGUUAUAGCUCCUGGUGUUAACAUUUUGGCAGGGUGGACUGGAAGUGUUGGACCUACGGAUUUGGAGAUUGAUCCUAGGAGAGUUGAGUUUAACAUAAUAUCAGGCACCUCUAUGUCUUGUCCACAUGUUAGUGGGAUUGCAGCAUUGCUUAGGAAGGCCUAUCCUAAAUGGUCACCUGCUGCAAUAAAAUCAGCUUUGAUGACAACUGCUUAUGAUGUGGAUAAUUCUGGGAGUAGUAUUAAGGAUCUUGGAACUGGGAAAGAAUCAAACCCAUUCAUUCAUGGGGCUGGACAUGUUGAUCCCAACAGGGCUCUCAAUCCUGGGUUGGUUUAUGAUUUGGAUAGUGAUGAUUACUUGGCAUUCCUAUGCUCAAUUGGGUAUGAUGCUAGGCGAAUUGCGGUUUUCACUAGAGAGCCUACUAGUUUCGACAUUUGUGAAAAAGAAGUAGCUAGGAGAAGGAGAUUAGCUAGUCCGGGUGAUUUGAAUUAUCCAUCUUUCUCUGUGGAAUUUGGUGCCAACAAUGGCUUGGUUAAGUAUAAACGGGUAGUUACUAAUGUGGGAAGCUCGGCUGAUGCUGUUUACACUGUUAAAGUAAAUGCUCCCCCUGGUGUUGAUGUCAGUGUCUCCCCCAGCAAGCUUGUGUUCAGUGCUGAAAACAAGACGCAAGCAUUUGAGAUCACAUUCACUAGAGUUGAGUAUGCUAGUUCUGAGAGUUUUGGAUCAAUUGAGUGGACUGAUGGAAGUCACCUUGUGAGGAGCCCAAUUGCUGUCACAUGGAGCAGUGGACUCUCAUCGGCCAUUUGAAUUGCAUCCAAGAGUGUUGCUGUGGAAACACAUCAAGCACAGUUAGUCUCUUUAUAAUCUUUCUACUAGCUUAUUGUACAAACUACAAAAAUAGUUAUUCGGUAUGAUGUUUCAGGCAAUUCUACUCUUAACUUCGAUGUAGUUGAUGAAGGGCUUCUAAUAACUUUGUUAGGCCGAAAUAAAAUAUAUUACGUGAAA